UAGAACCAAAGAAGAAGAAGGUGGAGGACUGCGAUUCAGUGAGAAAAUGGCGGGUGGUUUGACAGAGAAGCAGUUUGCUCACCGUGUUUAUGACUCACUGCAGGCUUUGUCGUGUCCCUUGGUGCAGGACCUGCACCUGCAGGAGGAGGAGAGCAUGCUGGAGCUGCUCUGCCGCCCCUCUCCGCUCCGCACAGACAUCCUGACAUGGAUCUGCCGCAGAAUCAACCCCAAGUUUGGAACUUCUGGAGCAAUGUCUGCAGAGUCCAAGGAUCCUGACGGCUUAGAGAAAAAAAUGGCUGCGAUGGGUCAGGAGCUGAUGCUGUGCAAAGCAGAUGACUUGGAUCUGAUCCAGGGUAAAGCCAGCCCUCAGCGACAGCUUGGCCUCCUGGAGCAACUGUUGUCUCUUGUUGCCGGUUCUGCUGGCCACAGAACCGACGUAGAGCCGCUGCUGUGUGAGGUUUUUGCUGCAGAGAACCUGCCUCACCUCAGACAGAUGCUCCAGCCGGCGCUGGAUCCCUGGCCUGCUCACAUCGAAGCUCUGUAUGAAGUCCCAGAGUCGGCUCCUAAGCCAGGAGAAGAGUUUCCAGAUGUUUCUGACCUCCUGCAGUCCGCUCAGACACAACUGGAGCAGCUGCAGUCCAAGUGUGACUUCCUGGACGGCGCCGAGGAGAACCCGGCUGCUCUCUCGCCGCGCUCGCUGCGGUUGGCAGCAGGCGACCUCCAGCAGCAGAUGAUGACCUUCAGUCAUCUGUACGAGACGGACCUGAGGAUCUACUGCAGCAGAGAACCACCGAGGUUCAGCUCAGAGACCCACCUCUUCCAGAGGGUGCAGCAGCAGCUGCUGGCCUGCAACACAGAGCUGGAAAUGCAGAAGGAAAUCUGUGAAGCUUCAGGGCGUGUGAGUGAGGAGGUGAAAGGUCUACAGACACAACCUCGCUACUGGAGCAGAGGAGAGAAACGCACCCUCCCGGAUCAACUGGAGGAGAUCAGCCAGCGCGUUGAGAACAUGGGCUCACAGCGCCACACCUGACCAUCAUCAUCAUCAUCAUCAUCACAGCGCUGACAUGGAGCAGAUCCUGAAACCCUGAUCAGGAUCAGCUGCUCAGUCUGAAGCCAUGCAGUGAGAGGAACAUGAGCAGACUGGUGAAGAUUUGAAAAGGUUAACAUCAUCAUGAGUUAUGCGCUGCUUUUCGCUGUCAACUCAAUUCAACUUUCAGAGCUCCCAAUUUAACAGACAUCCUGGGCCACUCAGGACUCUGCAACUUGUAAAUAAUUGUAUAUAUCACUAUAUGAAAGUAAAGAUUUGAAGUUUGA